AUGCCCCGUUCUGCAACACCACGAUCUUCUGCAAAUGCUGGAGCUUCAAGAGAAGUAACACCGCGGUCUGCAAAGUCAGGAGCCACUCAGUCUGUAGCUUCACAGUCAAAGGCUGCAGAGCGGUCCUCUCCAUCAUCAAGACACGUCACCCCUUGUGCUUCACCUGCUGGAGGCAGCACUCCUCGUCGUCGUCCUGCGGACUCCCCACGUUCUUCCUGCAACGAACGGCGUCCGGCCUCCUCUGGAGGAGCUACUCCAGGUGCUUCAUCAGGAGGAAGCACACCCCGCAGGAAGGCACCUUCCUUUGGAGGAGCAACACCGAGGCCAGAGAGCAAAGUUGAGCUCCUUUGGGGCUCAGGCAGCGCAAGGGAGGGCAGCCGAACUCCGGCCAGAACAAGACGGACAGCUUCUUCGGCCUCCUUGAGUUCUUCAACUCCAUCAACCAAAAGCAAGGAUGCUACUCGCUCCUCAACGAACUCCAGAGCGAACUCGGCUUCUUACAAGCGACCGCGGAGCAUUCCGGAAUCUCUUGUAUGCCUGCGAGAUGUUUGCGGCGGAGAAGCUCGGCGACUGGCGACAGAAUUUCCUGACUGGGAGGGAUUCUUCAAUGGCCUCGCAGGUUUGAUGAGGGAUGAAGUAACUACACACUUGAAGUCCUGUGGCAAGUGUCGAGCAGUUUCAUCCUUCUCGCGAAGCAAUUCGCGCUUUCAAAUUCAGCCUUUCUCUGAAGCCUCCCUGGCCACUGUCUGUCAGAGUUGCUUGCAGUCUUUGAAUGCAAGUCUGCUAGCAGAUUUGCAGAAGCAAAAGGACACCCUCUUGACAGAUAUCGCAGAUGCUUUGGGCAUGUCUUUGCGUGACUUGUUGUGUUUUGAAGGAGUUGCUUUGCAACGCCAAGAUGAGCGGCUCUCUUCCCUUCCCAUUGUGGCCUCUGAGAGAACUCGCAUCUUAUCUCAAGGGCAUUUGCGCGAAGAAACGCAGCACAUGUGGAUAGAGUUGCAAAGUGUCCGUCAAGCUCUGAAGGAGUGGAACUCUCUCGCAUGGCCGUUUGAGGGAAGAUACAUCCCGCACAAGUAUGGGUCUGUGGUGAGCAGCAGCGAUGUUCAGAACCAGGCUAACAGAAAGUGCAAGUUAUUUGCACAGGAAGCUUUGUUGGUUUUGUCGGAUUGGGAAGCAAAAUGGCCGCAAUUCAAAUUCCACGAGGUCUUUUCCCUUUUUGGGGUGCCCAUGUUGCAGUUAGAUCCGAAAACAGGGAUCGUAGAUUCUUUGGAUCUAGAUGACAACUAUGAUGAUCCUGUGCUGGAUGAAGUGGAGCUCUCCGCCUUGCAGCCCAUGCGCGUGGUCACCAGAGUCAGGCCCAUGCUAUCACAUGAGGAAGGUGAUGAUGUGUCUGCAGAAAUCUUGGAUGAACACACAGUUUCUUUUGAGACACUGCAUCAUGGCUAUGUUCCUGCUCGCCAUACUCUGCAGUUUGAUGCAGCCCUGCGGUGCUCCCAGACAGAGCUCUUCCGACGUUCUGGAGUCAGGGCACUUGUGCAUCGUGCUUGUGAAGGCUUUACUUGCAGCAUUUUUGCAUAUGGUCAAACUGGUGCUGGCAAGACGUACUCUCUGUUCGGCCCGCCAGAGAGCUUGUCACAUCUUGUGGAUGAUGAGCUUGCAGAGGAAGCAAAGCAGCAACUGCCCAUUGCUUGCCAUAGGCUCAUCGACGAAGCGCGAAGAGCGAAAUCUGGCAAACAGGGUCUCUUACCUAGAGCUUUGCAGUUUCUUUUUCGGGUUUUGAAGGAUUUGGAUCUCGAGUCCUGUGAGAUUCACGCGACUUUCAUGGAAAUUUACAACGAGACCAUCUUUGACUUGUUUGAGCCUUCGGCAGCGCGGCUAGAUGUUUAUCAGAGGCCUGGGUCAGAAGUGGGCUUCCAUGUUCCCGGCUUGACCCAGGUGCAAUGUUCUUCUGCAAUUGAGCUUAUGCAGGCUCUGCAGCGCGGCUUGUCAAGUCGACACAGUCACGGCCACUCGGCCAGCCGCGAAUCCUCCCGAGCACAUGCGAUUUUCACGGUGGAGAUUCGUUUGCCCGGCAACACUGCAGGGAAGCUGAUUUUUGCGGACCUGGCCGGUUCAGAGCGAUUGAAACGCAUCUCCGGUGCGGAUCAGAAGGAAACUGGGUAUAUCAAUAAGUCCUUGUUGAUGCUCUCGAACUGUGUUUCGGCUUUAUCUGCGAACCCUCCGACAAGUCCACCGGGCGCCUUUCGGAACUCGAAGCUGACCAAGGUUCUGAUGGAGGCUUUGUGCGGCACGGGCUUUACCAUUUUGCUGGCGGCUAUCUCGCCUGCCAAGCGUCACUUUGAUGAAACAGCCAACACUCUCAACUUUGCCGCAAAGUGCGGCAGUAUCCCAAGGCAAGUUGUCAACAAUGAGCCUGAACACCAGCGUGAGUUGCGACAGCUACAGGAAAUGGUGAAGCAGUUGCGUUCCGAGAUCAGCCUUCUUAAGGAAGGUAAAGAUGGUGAACGUGCAGCUGAAGCUGAAGACUUCACUUGCCCUGGUAGUGUCGAAAUUUGUGAGACCGUUCGACGUGACGAAUUCCAAGCACUUCAAGCCGAGCUUCAAAGAGAAAAGAUUCGCAACGAGGAAGUCAACACCCUCAGAGAGGCACUGCAAGAUUCCAUUGCUGCUUCAGAGAGGGGAAGUUCCAAGGAUGACAAGGAGUCACGGUCUUCACUUCUACUGUCUACGUCCACACUGACUUACUUUGGAACAAAGGCCAAGAGCGAAGGCGUUCUCGGCACUGAUGUGUUGCAAAGGGCGGAGAAGCAGGAUCAGUCGUUUGGUUCAGAGCUCUUCCAGGCGUCCACCUACCUGCGGAUAUGUCAGACGCAGACAAGUUUUGAACCGAAGGCCUUCUACCUUGAGCAGAAGAUUUGCAAGCAGGAGCUAUGA